GCCAGAAGGCCCUCGGCGCUGGACCUCAGUGUCCGGGCACUGGACGGAGUACCUCAGAAGGUGGAGGACUCUCCUUCAUUGGAAGUUUUUCAGCAGAGGUUGUUUUUUAGUUGAGAUUCCUGCAUUGCAGGGGGUUGGACUAGAUGACCCUUGGAUCCCUUCCAGCUCUACAGUUCUGAUUCCAGUUAGCCCAUGGAGACAACAGCCACGUCCUUGUUGACCCUCCUUUCCAAUUUUAGUCGCCCAUUAUCAGGCCAGCUUUAUUUUACCCUCCCCUCCUUGCUGCUUUGGAAGAUGCUGACACAGAUCCUCACAUCUUCGGCGUUUUCUGAAAAGUUGCCUCUUUGCCUGCUCUUCUCCACUUGGGCAGCAGGCCAGGAGGAUGUGGCGUCCUCCGUCAGCUUCUGCUGCCGGGAUUUCACAGCCAGCCAGCCGGCCAUGGGGGAUUCCUGGAGCCAUUCCUGCUUCGGCUUUCUGGAUUAUAAGACAGAGAAGUUUGCGCUCACCAGGAAUAGGAAGGUCGGAGUCUUGCACCGGCUGAUCCAGCUCGGGAUCGUGGGUUACAUCCUCGGGUAAGAGCUGCAGAAGCAGCGAGACGGGUGUUGAGAAGCCUUCGAAAUCGCAAGUCACUGACGUUUCUGAGACUUUGCUGGUGAGAUGGUGAAUUGCUGCAUUGGGUGGAUUUACGGUCCUCCAGCCUGACUUCUGGCUCUCUUUUUUAAGUGCCCUAGAAGCAGCCUCUUUUGCAGGAGGAACUGCAGCCAUGCAGGAAUCCAGCUUCCUCACACAUCCCACCCUUGUUCCACCUAUGCCUGGGGUUGCCACAUUCCUCCAGCUAGCCCUGCUCCUCUGCCUUUUAACGCCAACGUCGGAGUUUUUGCCCAAAUGAAUCACGGUGGUAAAAGCAGGUAGAUUGCUCGCAGUCCCCAAUUCGCUGAAUGGGAAGCAACACACAGUCUUCUCCACCCUGGAACUUUGGAACUCCCUGCCUAUUGACAUAAGGCAGGCACCUUCUCUGUACUGUAUUCUUUUCAAUGUCUGCUAUUAAUAAAAAAAAUCCUGUUUAGACAAGCUGACCCAGGUGCUUAGAAAGCUGGUGAAAGUUUCAGUUUGCUUUUAGUCUUUUGUUAUUUUAACUUUUUGGAAAUCUUAUUAUUCUUAGUGAUAAUUUUAUUGUUUUAUCUUUUUUAUAAACCUCUUUGAGGUUUUUUUUUACAAUCAAGCAGUGUAUAAAUGUUAUGAAAUGAGUAAAUAAGUUUAUUUAUUUAUUUCAUAACAUUCAUAUACCCUGGACUGUCAAACAAAACAAAACCUCAAAGCAGUUUUUGGACUCAGGCUGGGUACACACCAUACAUUUAACACCUCCCUCUCUCGCCCCCAAGCAUAUUGGGAACUGCAGUUUACCCAUCCCAGCGCUACAAUUCCCAACACCCUCAACAAACUACAGCUCCCAGGGUCUUUUAGGGUUGGGCUUUAAGUGCAUGGCAGGAAUGUGUGCUGCCUUCAGCUUGCAUGAGCCUCUGCCAGCACAGCCAGCGCUGAGUGAAGAUGGCAACCCCAGUCCAAAACAACUGUGAGGCACCGAGUUCAAGAAAGGCUGCAAAGGGAAAUAGUUCCGGGCUUAAUAAUAAGAAUUUUAUUAUUUAUACCCCGCCCAUCCAGCUGAUAUGAGUUAUUGCAAUCGUGCAUGCUGAGGCUCAGGGAUGGGGGCCACAUGACUGAGGGCCACAUGAAAGUGGUGGGUGGGGCCAGAGGCGAAAGUGGGUGGAGCAACAAAUGCAAAUUUCCCCUUUUCCCAGUAGGUUAGUUUCGACACACACUUGUGCAGCUCUCACGACCUUCCUCCUAAACAAGGGGCAUGAUCAGUGUUCAAGACAGGCAAAACACACUCAAGGGAUGGAUCUACACACAGGGGGGAAACACUAUAAAGAAGUCAGAAGUUAAAUUGUUAUAACAAAAGGGGGGGAAACCGCUAUAGAAAAUUGCAUAGAAUUUUUCUUUGCUCUCUGGCGCCAUCUGGUGUUGUGUGUUUAUAAUGCAUUCAAUAUGCUGUUUUCGGACUAACGUAGCAGAGUCCAAGCAGUGCAUGAAUCAGGGCUGGGGAGAGAUGUAGCUGCGGAGACUUCUGAGGGCCAGAUAGAGAGGAGUGGAGGGCCGCAUUCAUUCCCGGGGUUCCCUGCUGCAGAGGACCUUAAUGAACAGGCAGGCUCAAAUCCAUGCUUAUUUAUGGUAUUGUAAAGUUGGAAAAGGCCUUCAAAAGGGCAGACUCCUUUGUACACAUAGUCGAACACUAAAUAACAGUCUAAUCUCUGAAGGGAUGAAAAUGAGUAAGGUUGAGGAGCUUCUUGGUCAGGGUGUUCCACUGCAGGGGUGCCACCACAGAAAAAGGCCCCGCUCCUUGUAGCCAUCUGGAAAUGCUGAGGCAAUUGUAGCAGAUGAUCUCCAAGGGUGGGGCAACAUAUCUGGAGCAUGGAAGGAGGGUUCUUUUAAGUGUGCAUGUUAAGCAUCUUGGAUCCCUGUUCUUUCUGCUGCCUCGCAGGUGGGUGUUUCUAGCCAAAAAGGGCUACCAGGAGAAAGAUACUGACCCUCACAUCUCAGUCAUCACCAAACUGAAAGGGAUUUCGGUCACACGCGUCCGAGAGCUUGGGGACCGAAUCUGGGAUGUGGCAGAUUACGUGAAACCCCCUCAGGUAUCCUUUCUUUGGCCUUGUGGCCACAAAAGAAUUACCCAUCUGGAUCAGGCCAUAUGGAAAAUUGAGACGGAGAAGUUUGUGGUAGUAAUACUACUACUAGGAGUAAAGUUACAAACAGUAGUAAAGUAGUGGUAAAGUUACUAAUACUGGUAAAGUUGUGUUGUUUAUUUAUUUUAAAUCUUUUAUACACCACUUUGUUUCUUAAAAAUUCAGCAGUGUACCAUAUAAGAACAAACAAGAGCAUUAAACCAAAAAUAAAACCAAUAAGAUGCACAUUAAAACAAAUAAUAUGGGGCAUUAAAAAACAACAACAACCAACAACUGAAUGUACGUGUUUUGAAACAUUUCAUAGGGCGAAAACGUGUUCUUUGUGGUGACCAAUUUCAUUGCUACUCCGAAGCAAGUGCAAGGAUCAUGUCCAGAGGUACGUCGCUGGCUUUUCUUUAUCGGUAAUUUUUUGCUUCCUCUACAGUUGCUGGAGGCAGGAACCUUUUGGAGCCAGGUACGACUGGUGGGCGGGGCCAGAGGCAAAAGUGUGUGGAGCAACAAACGUAAAUUUUACCAUUGUACAACAAAUUGGUGCCAGUGCAGAGGUAACAUGCAAGGCAGAGAUCACAUCCGAUGCCGUUCUCUAUCCAGGCAAGCAAGGGUUCAAGGACACACCCCUCCCCUUUAAAAGAUAUGGGAACUAGAUUAAUACACAAAUAGAAAAAUUAUUAGAAUUGGCACACAAAUUCUUCCCAAGGAUUGGACUAGAAUUUGGGAAUCACAACCCUUAAAAUCUGUUAAGUUGUGGGUGAACAUAUCAGACGACACAGCGAUUCUUCAAACAGCUCUUGUUUAUUUACAGGCCAGAUCAGAACUGAACUAAAGGGUUCAGCCAGCCUGCUUAUAUAGAGCUCCACUAGAACGCAACAGUAACCAUUUUCUGUAACUAUCCAAUCACUGAAUGUCACUUUCAAUCCCUUAUUUGCAUAUAUGGACCUGAGUGAAAACUAUCUACAGUAUCCCCCUGCUGGCCCAGGGUUAACUUCAGUACAUAACAAAAUCUGCUUUCAGUUUUCUUGCAGAAAAAUCAUUGAAACUCAUUGAAAUUACUACACAGGUAGUAUUGCACUCUUUUGCAAAUGUCAAAAAUAUCAUUUAAUUGUUGGAGGGGUUGCAGUAGUUGGAAGGGAACCCGAGGGUCAUCUAGUCCAACCCCAGGCAAUUCAGGAAUCUCAGCUAGAUCAUACAUGAUUUUACUUGGACUUUGUUAUUUUAACCCAUGUGCAACCGUACUCAUUCUGUGUCCCUAUUUUACAGUUUUGUUUUUCAUCUUUUGAUCGUCAUCAGUUAUUAUAAUUGUCCUCUCUGCUUUAUAUACAGUAUUAAACGAAAUGAAAACAAACCUUUAUUGUUUUUAAAAAAGGACAUGUCCCAGCUAGGCUAAAACUCUUGAGGAGAGUGCAAGGCAGGGCCUGGGAGAGACGCUGCCUGGAAGGGGUUGUGUGGCUUCGGGAGGGCCAGGUGGAGAGUUCUGGGGGCCGCAUUCAGUCUGGAGCUCCCUCACCCCUGCUGUGCAGUUUGACCUCUCUGCCCGAGCCCCGGAGAAGCACCUCUCAACCAUUCGCCUGCUCUCAGCCCAAAUCAUAGACCAGAUUGCAUCAUUGUAGGCAUCACAGAGCCUAGGGCUUGUCGAUCAGAAGGUCGGCGGUUCGAAUCCCCGCAACGGGGUGAGCUCCCGUUGCUCGGUCCCAGCUCCUGCCAACCUAGCAGUUUGAAAUCACGUCAAAGUGCAAGUAGAUAAAUAGGUACCGCUGUGGCGGGAAGGUAAACGGCAUUUCUGUGUGCUGCUGUGGUUCGCCAGAAGCGGCUUAGUCAUGCUGGCCACAUGACCCGGAAGCUGUAUGCCAGCUCCCUCGGCCAGGAAAGCGAGAUGAGCGUUGCAACCCCAGAGUCGGUCACGACUGGAGCUAAUGAUAAGGGGUCCCUUUACCUUUAGGCAUCACAGCAGUUUAUUCUGUGUCGGUUCAGAUACUCUAACAUCAGGCAUCCCCAAACUCGGCCCGCCAGCUGUUUUGGGACUACAACUCCCAUCAUCCCUAGCUAACAGGACCAGUGGUCAGGGAUGAUGGGAAUUGUAGUCCCAAAAUAGCUGGAGAGCUGAGUUUCGGGAUGCCUGUCAACAUCAUCGCAGCAGCAAGGUGCUGGCCAAGAUGCCCUGAGACCCUGUGUCAGGUCUGUGGGUGCCCCUUCCUGCUAGAGCUUUAUAAAGGCAUGCCAAGCGGACCCUCUCACAGGGGUCCCCUGCAGAUGCUUUUCCUACUCAACAAUUGUCUUCCCCUCCUCCAGCAUCCUUCCAUCCCCGAUGGGAAUUGCAGGAGAGAUGAGGACUGUUCGCCAGGACAGCCGGUGGUCCACGGAAACGGUAAGGAGGUCUGUUUCAGUCCUGGUCCCUACCCGCUGCUCUCUACAUCACCCACAUCUGAACGCCGAAUUUAGCACCAGUUUCUCAGCAGUUACAGCUUGCAAGGCUCCCUCUUGCAGCCUUCCACAACCAGCAGCAGGGGGAGCUAUUUUCCGUUUCGCCUCAGGCGGCAAAAUGUACGGGGCCGGCCCUGCCAAUGGAAGUUGCAAUCCAAGAAUAUCUGAAGGGCACUGGGUUGGGGGAAGCUUCCCUCUUGUUUUUACAUUUCUCCUCUGCAUCCUUCCCUCCAUUCCCCAAAAGCAGCCAGCCGUGCCACAAGUUACAAAAACCGCUGGAUUUCUUACUAGCAGCCUUGUUAGCUGUUGUUGCUGAAGGAUUCCAAACCAUUGGUGCCAACUGGAAAUCAGUGCAGUUUAUGUUGGGGAUAAUUCAGACAGAAAUUCCCAGGUGUCAAAAAAGGUUAUUUAUGUAUGCCACUACUGCGGCCCGUGUUUUGUUAGCCCAAAAAUGGAAAGCGAGUGAGGUCCCAACUAAAGAAGAAUGGCAACUUAAAUUGAUGAAAUAUGCACAGCUUGUGGACCUAACAUAUAGAACAGGAGAACAAGAAGAACAUAAUGUUUAAAGAAGAUUGGAAAAUGUUUAUUGAUUAUAUGGGGGAAAUUAUGUACACUUGAAAAUGUUGGCAAGCAUUAAGAUAAAUUCAACAGUGUAAAUAAGUUUUGAUGGAUGUAAUAAUGGAAUAUUUAAUGGUUUAGUUUAUGUAAAAUAUGCAGGGAUUUAUGUUAUGCAAAAUGAAUCAUGGAAAGAGAAGAAGUCAUUGAUAUUUUAAGGUUGUUUAAACGAAUAUUCUAAAAUGUAAAACAGAAAAUUUAAUACAAUUUUGUCGGAAAAGGAAAUCAGUGCAGUUUGGAAAAGUUCAGUCAGCCACCUUGAUUUAAACAGCACCCAGUUGUAUCUCAGGAACCAGCAGGCAAAAUUUGGCCACAUUAUUCCAAGAGGUGUCGGAAUGCAUAGCGAAUAUUUUCUAAAACAUAAUAGCAGAUGAAGCCACCUCAUACUGAAUUAAACCAUUUGCCCAUCUAGCUCAGGAUUAUCUGAGCUUUCCGGGGUCUAAUGGCCAAAUACGUCAAUCUCAGUAUCUCUCAGUUUCUGCUUUUCCCAAUUUCAUUUAUUUAACAGCAUGCACAUACAGCUUGAGUGUCAGAAAACCUCUAAGUGGUUUCCAAAAAUAUAGGCUAAAGCAAUACUUUACAUGGGGGAGUUGGGCUGCAGUGCACCUUGAAAGGAAUAAAGGGCUUCGGUAAAAAGAAGACAUAACUGAUAUGUGGUUUGGUUCUCUUGCAGGAGUAAAAACAGGGAAGUGUGUCCCGUUUGAUGCAUCCCAUAAUACCUGUGAGAUCUAUGGGUGGUGUCCGGUGGAAAACAAGACCUUGUCCAGGUAUGCAAGUUGUCCUCUUUGAUCCUGUUUCAACGGCUACCUGUAUCUCUGUCCCCCAAACCCACCGCAAGCCAGCCAGACAUCUUCAGCUGGGGAACAGGCAGUAGCUGCUAACCAAAGAAGACAUUUGGUUGAGAGAGGUGGCCCCUCCCACAAGGUGUAUUGCUGGUCAAAUAGGCAUUGCAGUUUUUCCCCCAGAUGAUACCAAAAGCCUUGAGAACCUGUUUAGUCAGAGGGAAAAGUAAGGCAACUACAUCGCACUUGGUACCAACUCCUCUUUCAAACCACCUUCAAGGGCGGGGGGAAUUAACACUAUUUUUGGUCUCCAAGAGAGAACUUUGCCCAAAUUAUUAAAAAAACCACACCAAAUUAAAUACUUGUUUAGCUAAGCCUAACAAAUAUGUAGGCUGGUGCCAUUGUUUUUAGCUAAUCUUUGAUUUUAAUUACUUUUUGAAUGUUUUAGAUAGCUGCUUUUAACUGUUUUAUUUAUUUAUUCGUUCUUUUCUAAACUGCUUCAAGGUUUUUUUUCUACUUCUUACAACCAAGCAACAUAUAAAUGCCAUGCUGUAUGUAUAAGUAAAUAAAGAAUCAGCCACCACGUAUUAUCAGACAUCUGCUAGAAACUCCAAUUUCUCAUGGAAAGGUAGCUUAACUUAUUCCCCAACAGCCUACAGGUUGUAAAAACCAAAUGGUCCCGUUCCUUCCAUGAAUGCAUUCAUAGGCCCACCUAUUCUGUUUUCCACCUAGGAAACCACUCUUGGCUGAAGCGGAGAAUUUCACUCUCUUUAUUAAAAACACUGUCAACUUUACCAGGUUUAACUUCACCAGGUAAGGGCUGAGAUCUUUAAAGCAGGGUGGGGACAGUUUUCACAGAGGGUUUGGGAUACUGUUUGCAAACAGGAGUGUCAGUCGUGGCACCAACACACAGCCCACUGUUGACACAGGUUAGAUAGGUUGUGCAGGUUUCUGUAUGGUCUAGAAACUCUGCAAAGUUUGUAACAGUGCCACAAAAUAUCUCUUCAGGUUCUUGCUUUUGGGGGAUGUUAUUGUUUUAUAUUGUACUGCAGAUGUUUUUGUUUUUUUAAAAAAGUUUUUAUUUAUACUUUUCAGGUUUAUAUAUUUCAAUAAUUUUACAAUCAUUUUAAUAUAUCAAAGUUUGACUUCCUUCCCCCUCCUUCUGCGGUUCCUUAAAUUUAUUUUUUAGUAUCUUCUGCAUAUCCAAAUUCAUUUAAUUUGCUCAUUUAAUUAUCUACAUUAAAUAUAUACUCUUUGGAAACUGCAGGUUAUUACAAUAAUACUGCCAAUGUUUUUAUCUGUAAAUAUUCAACAAACCAUUUCCGUUCCUUUAUAAUAAAAAAAAACUUUAUCUUGAUUUCUUAUUCUUCCGGUAAGUUUCACCAUUUCUGCAUUUUCCAUACGUUUUUGUAUCCAUUCUUCCUUUGCUGGGACUUCUGUUUCUUUCCAUUUUGGAGCAAGUAGCAUUCUUGCUGCUGUAGUAGCAUACAUAAAUUAAUUUCUAUACCAUUUAAGUAGUUCUGUCACUAUAAUUCCCAGUUUUGUGCACUAUAUGAUAUGGCAGCAUUUCAACUUCAUGGGGUGUGUCUCCGUGCGCUGUUUUUGUCAUCUGUUUGGUGACUAUUUUAGUAUUAGGUAAAGCGACCCCUGACCAUUAGAGGUCCAGUCGUGGCCGAUGCUGGGGUUGUGGCGCUCAUCUCGCUUUAUUGGCCGAGGGAGCCGGCGUAAAGCUUCCGGGUCAUGUGGCCAGCAUGACUAAACCGCUUCUGGCGAACCAGAGCAGCGCACGGAAACGCCGUUUACCUUCCCGCCGGAGCGGUACCUAUUUAUCUACUUGCACUUUGAGGUGCUUUUGAGCUGCUAGGUUGGCAGGAGCAGGGACUGAGCAACGGGAGCUCACCCCAUCGCGGGGAUUCGAACCGCCGACCUUCUGAUUGGCAAGUCCUAGGCUCUGUGGUUUAACCCACAGCGCCACCCGCGUCCCUAUUUUAGCAUUAAGUGGCAUAUAAAUAAAGGAAACAAUUCAAUUGCAAAUAAAGGUGCCACCAAGGCUCUUUCUCCCAAGCUGCUAUUACAACAGGUUUCCGAAAGACUUUAAUUUUUCUCAUGCUUUCGUUCAGGACAAACACGCUGAAGACGACGGAUGGCUCUUACUUCAAGGGUUGUCGAUAUGAUGCCGUGGAUGACCCUUAUUGCCCCGUUUUUCGCAUUCGUGACAUGGUCGAGGCAGCUGGGGAGAGCUUUGAGGAGCUGGCUCACCAGGUAGGUCUCCCCUUUUGCUUCAGCAACCCAUCCCACAAAUGCAAGCGCGGAGGGCCAGUCACAAGAGACUAGGGCCCUGCGGGACUUUCCACAUCUUUCCGCAGGGCCUGCAAAACAGAGCUGUUCCACCUGGCCUUUGGUUUGGACUCAGUCUGACCCUUAUAUUUCCCUCCCCUUAUGGUUUUGAUUUAUCAGCUACUUUAAAAUGAGGCUGUAUUUUAAAUUGCAUUUUAACCUGUAUUUUAAAUUGUUUUUUUUCCCUUUUCCUCCCCCCCCCUUUCCCCCCAUUAUGUUUUUACUAUGAUUUUAUUGGUGUUAGCCGCCCUGAGCCCAGCUCUGGCUGGGAAGGGCGGGGUAUAAAUAAUUUAUUUUUAUUUUUAUUUUUAUUAUUUGCUCAGUACUAAUAGAUCCCAGUGCCCUCUGUUCAUCUCCCCCAUUAAUCUUGUGGCAUUUGGUGGAUCCCACACAGGGGGGUGCUAUCGGCCUGCGGAUCGACUGGGAUUGUGACUUGGACCAGCCUCCUUCCAGAUGCAGGCCCUGCUAUUCCUUCACUCUGCUGGAAAAGAAAUUCAACUUCAGGUGGGCAGCAGGCAGGAGGGUGCGAAGGAAGCAGUGCGCAAGCCAGCCGUUCUGUCUUAAGUAGGGAUGCGGGGCAGGGGGAGGAUUCAAUUCUGCUUGCAUAUAAAGGCGAACAUGCCCAAUUCACACUUACUGAAACAGUACGUGAAACGAAACACAGCAACCCUUCGGAAUCUACACUUCUCUGAAUUUUGCAAUGCCGAGAAAUGUGCAGAAAAAUGUAUAUGUUAGCAAAAGAAAAGAACAUACGCAAAUGCACCAGGGGAAACUACUUCGCAAUAAUUUGUAUAUUGGGGGAAAUUGCAUAUGUAUUGGGAAAGAGCUGCGCUAAAAAACUGAGGCUCAGUGGUUUAGACCACAGCGCCACCCGCGCUCCUAUACCUUCCUAUUCAGACAAGCCUUUGGAAUCUGAACCGCAGGUGAUGCUGUCAGGGCAAACGGUGUUUUAAUAGCUGGUUCCGCAUGUGUUCUGAUGUAUUUUCAUGGUUGUUUUAGCUAGUUCAUUGAUAUCACUUUGCAUUUCGUUAUGUUGCUUUUAAGCCAACUUGCACCCCAACUUGGCAGAAAGGAGGGAUAUGAAUAUAUUCAAAAACUAAAUAAAUAAUAUGAGAGGUCAGGCACUCCUCGCAGUAUCUUGAACCCAAGUUGUCAAGGGCCCUGCCAGUCGAUACAAGAGCCUCAAACGUGGUCCAGUAGCAUGUGGACCAAGCCACAGCUUCUGCAAGUACGCUGCUCAUCUGCCUGCUUUCUUUCUUCAGAACCGCCUCCUAUUAUCGGGACCCCCUGAACCAGCAGUCUCGGAGCCUGUUGAAACUCUAUGGUAUCCGCUUUGAUAUUUCGGUCCACGGCCAGGUAAGGACCUCUGAGGCCCCAUGUGCAGCGGAUCCCUAGGGGAGGAGUUGCUCUGCAGGGAUCCCAUUCAUUGCCCCCCAAGUGUUAGAAACUAAGAUAUGAAAGCUAGGAGCUAAAGGGCACCUUAAACCGAGAUUAUGGGCACAACAACGGAAUGUCUAGGCACGCUUUUUUAAUAGCAAGAAUACAUAGCUGAAAAUGAGUGAACUGCAGCUAAAAUAUUAUGUUCAUUUUUCACAUGGUCUAGUCCUUCCCCUGCCCACCUCCUUAAUAUUCUGUUGCGCCACAGGCAGAAAGGGGGGGGGGAGCUUAUAUUCCCAGUUAUUUGUGUCUUUUAUUUACCACAGAAGCUCAGUGCACCAGUGGCCUGACUUAGUAGGUGUAAUGGUUCUAGGGGUUGCUCGUGUGUAAGCCGGUGCUUACACCUGGCUGGGUGCAAACACCUGGCUGGGUUGCCUAAGUGAACCUUUUCUGUCCGGACAGCCACUCACCCGUGGCUGACUCAAUCGCUGGCAGAAUCCGUCAGUGGGCGUUUCUUAAACUUCUUCCAGCCAAGAAGCUCUUUGACGCCUAGUCUCCUCCUACUCUCUCUGCGCGAAAGCCUUCUGCGCAAGGAGGGCGUGGGCAGCGUAGGACCCCUACUCUCCCCGCUGGUCCCAGGCAAGGAGUCAUGGGACCACCUCCCCGUUUCCCCCAUCUGCCCCCCUUCUCCACUGGUGCUACGCUGAUUCUCUUCCCCAGAAGAUGGGCUGCUUCUCCCAAUCCCGGGACGCUCUCUGGAAUCCCUCUGGCUUUUGCUCUCUCCCUCCAGCACUGAUGGCAGUUCCCUGACUGUAGGUGACAGCUUUCUAUAUAAUACAGGGGAAAUCCCUAACUCACCAAGUAUUUGAGAUAUGUCGGCUACCCUUACCUGGUUUAGCCAGCCAGUCGAAGCCGUUCCCAGGGUGUGGUUUCUGUCAUGUGCUGACAGCUUCUAAGAGCCACAGAUGAGAGCUGAGUGCAGGGUGGGGAUGAAAGACAGACAAAAAACCCCAGAAGGAGUGCAGCAUGUGUCCACCCCCCCCCCGAGUUACUACCCCUCCCCUAAUACCUUACACUCUUUUUAUUACUCAGGCUGGGAAGUUCAGCAUCAUUCCCACCGCUGUCAACUUGGGAACAGGAGCUGCCUUCCUUGGAGCUGUAAGUACGACUAGUAAAAUAAAAAAGGCCCUUUUGGACUACAACUCCCAUCAGCCCCUGGCCUUGUAGCUGUACGAUGUCCCUGGGGCUGAUGGGAGUUGUAGAUCCAAACAAACAGAGAGCACCAUGUUGGCCAAGGCUGGUCUAGAUGCUGAAUGAUGUCGUACUUGAUUCUUGCCAUCCUAGGCUGCCGUGGUUUGUGACCUCGUCCUGCUGUAUCUCGAUACGAAAGCCGAAUUUUAUCGGAGCGAGAAAUACGAGGAGGUAACAGCGAUCGGAUGUGGGCUGAUCUGGCCUCUUGCUUUGUUUAUGUGGAUGCGGCUGCCUUUGAAGUCCCUCUCUCUCCACCAUGCCCUUUGCUGUAAACAUCCCUUUGCUGCUGCCUUGCCUGCAUGCUCUGGUUCCGUCCCAUUUAGCACUCGCUGUCACGCCCCAUUGUCCCGCUGUGGGGAAUCGCAGCCUCAGCAGCCCCUCAUGCUCCCUGGGGACUGGCAGCGACUGGUCAGGGAUCUUGAGAGGGAUUGUGUGUCUGAAGGUGUUUGGCUCCCCAAGCCUUUACUUAAUUUUUUUUGGGGGGUGUCCCUGCUAAAAGCAGAGGGACAUCGGUCUAAACCACUGAGCUUGGGCUUGCCGAUUUGGGCUUGCCAAUUUGAAAGUCGGUGAUACGAAUCCCCGUGACGGGGUGAGCUCCCGUUGCUCUGUCCCAGCACCUGCCAACCUAGCAGUUCGAAAGCACACCAGUGCAAGUAGAUAAAUAGAUACCACUGCAGCGGGAUGGUAAACAGCGUUUCGAUGCGCUCUGGUUUCCGUCACGGUGUUCCGUUGCGCCAGAAGCGGUUUAGUCAUGCUGGCCACAUGACCCGGAAAGCUGUCUGUGGACAAACGCCAGCUCCCUUGGCCUGAAGAGCCACAACCCCAUAGUCGCCUUUGACUGGACUUAACCAUCCAGGGGUCCUUUACCUGUUACCUGGUAAAAGCAGGCUUUUCUGCAUGCUAAAACACAGCCCUCAGAUCGUGGGGGCAGAUUAAAAGUAAAAGAACACAAGGAGAACCUGCUGGAUCAGGCCAAUGGCCCCUUUAGCUCAGUAUCCUGUUCUCACAGUGGCCAACCAGACGCCUCCAUGGGAAAUCCACAAGCAGGAUUCAAGCACAAGAGCCCUCUCUCCCCUGCUGUUUCCAGCAACUGGAAUUCAGAAGCAUUGCUGCCUCCAGCCACACAGUGCCUCCACUGAGCCAUUGAUAGCCUGAUCUCCCAUGCAUUUGUGUAAUCAUGCUUAAAAGCCAUCCAAGUUGGAGGUCCUUACGGGAAACAGUUCCACAGUUUAACUCUGUGCUGUGUGGUGUAGUGGUUAAGAGCGGUGGACUCGUAAUCUGGUGAACCGGGUUCGCUUCCCCGCACCUCCAGACGCAGCUGCUGGGUGACCUUGGGCUAGUCACACUUCUCUGAAGUCUCUCAGCCUCACUCACCUCACAGAGUGUUUGUUGUGGGGGAGGAAGGGAAAGGAGAUUGUUAGCCACUUUGAGACUCCUUAAGGCAGUGGUGUCCAAACUUUUUUCAAAGAGGGCCAGAUUUGGCAAAGUGAAGGGCCGUGGGGGCUGACCAAAGGGCCAACCAAAGUUGUUGAGCUUCUUUUAGGAUUGACGUUGUUGAGGUUUUGGGGGGAUUUUACCCCAGGAAAUAAACUGCCACAGAGGCCGGAUUAAACCGACCAGAGGGCCGGAUUAGGCCCCCGAAAUGGACUAUGGUCAUGCCUGCCUUAAGGAGAGUGAAAGGCGGGAUCUCAAGUACAAACUCUUCUUCUUCUUUUUCACAAUAAUAUUUAUUAUUUUCCAUACAUAAACAUAACAGAAGAAAAAGUUAACAAUAAUAAAGGGAAAAGAAUGAAACAGAAAAAAGAAAAAGAAAAAAGAAUAUAAAACAUAAAAUACAACAAAUCACCACAUAAACUAAAACUUAAUUAAUUAAUUUAAAUCCAUCUUCAUAAACAUAUUAUUUGACUUCCUCAAAUCUCUUCCAUCUGAGUUUCUUAGUAAUUAUAUAUAGCAGUUUCCAAUAUCAUUAUUUCAUGAAAUCAUAUCACAGUCCAAACUCUUCUUCUUCUCUGUCCUAAAUCGUCCAAAAUUCACCUUCAUUGGCACUCCAUGAGUUCUGGUGUUCUGAGAGAGGAAGAAAAACUUUUCUCUAUCUGCUGUCUCCCUGCCAAGCCUGCUUUGGUCCCUUCUAUCAUGUCUCGUGUGCCUUUUCUCUAAACUAAAAAGUCCCAAACACUGUAACCUUUCUUUAGUCCCCUUCUUCAUUUUGCUUGCCCUUUUCUGAACCUUUUGCAAUGCCCACAGUAUCUUUCUAAUAUGUUCCCUGUUCUGCUUUUCCAGGCAAAGCCACCGAAAACCAAAGUUGACGCAGCCACCUAGCCCUACAGACCAUGGGCAAGAAAUCUCAGGAGAGACCUAAUGUGGGAUAGAUGCUCAAGCAGACGGGCAAGAUCUCUCCUCCCUGCUUUGGAUGCAUUUGGUGUCCAACUGGGGUAUCGCUUGAAAACAGACUCCUCCAACCAGGUGUUUUGGACUACAACUCCC